AUGACGAAGCGUGCUGUUGCAGAGCCGGAAGCGCAGAUCAGUGGCCGCAUUCAAACGUUACAGAUGAUUGGCGCUAUGCGACAGGGUCUUCACCGCGUCGAGAGGGUCUUGCAGAUUCGCACGGAUCAUCUGGGUAUCGGCUUCAUCACCACAGCUGUGGUGAUGAUGACAAUCCGUCAUCCAAACGUGGUUCUGUUGCUCUUCGGCGUUUUUCUUGUCUUCGUCCGAAUUCUCUGCAACGUGCACGAGCGCGGGCUAAUUGGACUAUUUUACACCGCUGAGGAGAGCGCGGCGUUGGCUGCUGGCGAGUUUGCGCGCCAGUCGAUUUACGAUUUUUUGGUGAUCGGCUCGCUAGAGCGUCUCCGUAUUUUCAAGCAGCUCGUGCGUGUCGGGCUUCUCAUUGUCAAUCAGAAUCUUACCCGGGAGGAGAUAAACUACAUCGUCCAGGUAUCUACUGUGGAAACUGGCCACUACUUAUAUGCAUAAAAAAUUAUGCGAUUACCUUUUAUCAACUAACAAACAUCCUCCACUUUUUCUAGCAACGCGAGCUUCGCGUUCGCCUGUAGGUUUGCACAACUCAGAAAUUCGAUCUCGAAAGGGCAUUGCGCUAGAUUCAAAGAUCAAGGCGGAAACAAACAAGCGCUAAAGACCUAACGGAAGCGGGAGCACCAGCGCUCAAGAGGUGGGCAGCGGCCGACGUCGACCAGUGCCAGGCGUGCGGCCACUUGCAAAGCGCAUGCCCUUCGCCGUGGCGUGCUGAGCACCGCGCCGCGGCCCUUAUUAGCGGGCGACCGUAAAUGGUGGAUCUUAGUACCGAUGGCGAUGGGGCGAACGGCACGAAAUACAGCAUCGCGGCCCUGUCGUGACUUGCGCAGAAUCCAAAUGCUCAAGGCAUAACUUGGAGCGCUCUUGCGUCGGUCAAAAGCCUGCGAAGUUUGCUAGCAAAAUAAAACUCACGGUCAUGCGCAAAAUGCAUUUACGCCGCUGGCGAAAAGUUCGUUUGGUAGCUCGGUGAGAACUUUCGUGGGCUGGCUUCAAAAUCUAACAGCAGCGCACUGCUUCCUCGCAAAGCCUUGCAAUUUUAUUCACUCGCGUCGAGUGGUCUUGCUUUUGCUUUGGAAUUGGCCCGGAAAGAUUCUUUGCGUUGUUGCCGGUUUUUUAUUGACGUUCUCCCGUGUUGCUUCAGAGUUUGAACAUUUUGAAAAGUGCUUCCCCGGCCCUGCCUCAUGAAACUAGCAGGCGCGAGAGAAACUAACAAAACAAAACACGAUGGGGAAGCCUCGCGAGACUACUAAGGAAGCGACUAGCUACCCUGUUUUCUGCUUCCGAGUUUCUGGCGUAGUGGUGAAGCGCUGGCAGGUGUAAUUUGCCCACAAGGCCGAUGGAACGGCAAAGCAGCAGGAGUUGCGUCACGUGCCCUGUACGAACGAACAAGGCAGCACACCCAAAAAGGAUUCUGCUUACUUUCCUGUAAGCUGGUUAGCCAAGGCUUGUCAGAAUUCAUCGCGGAAGACCGAUGGAAGUCGUCGCCACUGCGUGCGCAGCUUAAUGCAGGCACUGGACUGCGCUGAAGACUGGGGGAAUUGCGGCCACAGCUCGCGAGAACUGUAGCGCAGCCCAAGGCGCUAAAGCUGCAUCCCGAGAGAAUUGCGGCGACAGCGCUCGAGGCCAUAAGUCGCCCGGAUCAUUUUGGUCCGUAAGCAGGACGCUCCUGCACCCUUACUCCGGUAGCCCGGGAAAGCCGGCCCGUAACGCUGUGACUGUCGCCGUUGUUUCUGUAGCAGCUAGGGAAUUUGGGCGGUUUUUGUUGGUUAUUAGUUGGUGCGUGCCUACUGUGGACCUAGCCAAAUUUGCUGUGAAUUGAUUCGCCCCGGGAUCUGGAUGAAGCCUGGGCCUUGCAGUCGGUUUUUGUGGUGUAGCAGGGCAUUGCUGCGGUCGUUACCUGCGUGGCGAUUUUUGUAAUCACCGAGCGGAAUGCGAAUGAGAAUGGCUCUGCCUAUGUUCACUUUCGAGGAAGCGCGUCGGUCGGCAAGUAGUAGCGCGCUGCCGUAGUUUGCUUUGCUAUUGCUGACGGCUGGAGGCGGCGGUCUCGUACUCGUACUUUUGCCGUCGUGGGAAUUGGCGCAGAAACUUCGCCCACGAUGUGGGUGCUGAACCCCUUAAAAUUUUCGGCGUCUAGUGGCUAAGAAGCUUGCGCCAUAUUGCCUAUCGCUCCGCUUCACUUCACUCCAAAUCAAAAGAAAAUAAAAAUAUAUUGCUUUCUUGGGAAGCAGUGCGCUCAUUAUACGUAAAAACAGAACGACCAGGAGUACCUUGACCUUUUUCGGAAAGUGGUGGGGAAGCCGUUGGUGCAGUACCUCCCCGAGCAUUUGAGACGCUUGCUAUUUAUCACAAGUAGAAAGCACCACACUGAAGAUAUUACGAUGUUCAUAUGUACGGCACGACGAAUUCUGCAUCCCCUCCUGUGAAGCUCCAGUAUUUUUUCUUCUAUUAUAGCGACUGGACGGAGCUUGAGGUUAAAGAUACGGGCACUACAGAUGGGGAGGCACAACUCGCAGAUUUGUUGCACAAUGUAUGAGCUGAUAGCUGGCUGGUGGCCGUGGUUGCGCUAGAAACUGUCGCCCCCUGUUGGUUUUGUAUCGGACGAGUGCGCUUCUAUUUGCAGGAGAUAACUUUUGGGGCGGACUUAGUGCGCGACGAGCCCUUGCUACGGAGGUCGUCUACGACUGCUGGUGGUGCGGCCGAGUUUUCAGCUCUGAGCCCUGCGGCUCUUGCGUUCAGUCUCAGUGCCGGCGGGCGUGCAACGCCGACUGCAGCGCAGCCAGCCUUAUCGCGGAGGGGCGCCACUAGAACCUUCUCUCUCUCCAAGUUCGGAUACAGUUCCAGGAGGGGAGUGGCCACUUCAAAAGACGUGGCGCGUAAAACGAGAGCGCGAACUGUGGGAGAGUCGGACGAUGACGAUGAGGAGAUCACAACGACUGGCGGAGCCACCACCGAGGAGCAGGAGGGAGCCUCUAGCACUGCCUCCAGUCCGAGCAUGGCUGCCGGAGCGGGGGCGUCUGUUAAAGGUACCUCCCUUGUCCGGCGAAGAGCGCUGCUAUGUGGGCAAAACGCCCUUUGUCCAGUCGCAGCCGAGGACGUGUGCCGCGGCGCGACGCGUUCCAAGCUCGGUAGACGGGGUGGUGCUACAGGAGCGUGCGACCCACUUUCACAACAAUCGCCGGAUCCUGAUGAGUCGCAGAGUCCGGCAAGUACACCGGACGAGGAUGUGGAGUAUAUCUUGUGUAAAAACGCUCUCACGCCAUUUCGGUAAAAACAGAAUGCACAGUAACCAUCUGCGGCUCAUAUGUGGCGAUGCCUAUCGCGCAUUUUUGGAAUUAGAAAAAGGAAACCUUGAAGCGCUCUAGUCUGUUUGGCUUUGUUUUUCAAAGAGGAAAACAUACAGCACAUAAUCAGUUCCUGGCUCGCCAGAUAGUUUGAAGAAGCUUGCGCUUGCCUUGUUUUUCAAAGAGUUGCGAGAGGACCCCAUCGAGUGCCGCUUCUUUAUAGUUUCCACAAUUUUGUAGACGGCAAAAAUGACGCCCUUCUCGGGCGCUCGCUUUUCAGGCUCGUGCGAUUUGAGGCGCCCAAAAAGGCGCCCAAAGAAGCCGCGCGCAAAAUGAAGGCAGUCGGCCGGCACGGUACGGCCGCGAUGCCCGGGCCUUUUGGGCGAUCGCGAAAGCGGCCGCCCUUUAGCAAUAUUCCAAACCUGGGCAGCAUCGUGAAGGCGUCGCGCCCCAUAGAGUGCGACGCAAGAAAGCGCACGGGCCCGGCCCGCGUGCUAUGCUUGGCCCGAUUCUACUCCUGCCGUGGCCGCUGCCGUCUGGGGGGCGACCGGACCGGGCCCGUGCCGUCGGGGCGGGCUUGCGGUUUGGGGCUUCCUAAUGCUGCCAGGGAUCCUGGUGGCCAUGGGCCGCCACCCCGCUCGGCCUAGCUAGCAAGUUGGCAAUGUGAUCGGCGGGGGCGCGAGGGACCCGGGAAGAUUGGGGGCGCAGCAAAGGCCGCGACGGCCCUCGCUGCGCCCCCCCCCUGGCGCGCUCCCCCGCCGCCCUCCUGUUCUGCUUAUUGCCAUUUCACGGCAAAGGCAAAACGGCCACGGCGCCGCUAAAGAAUCGCCACGGCGCUUGCUGAGCGUCCGGCGCUUCGCCACUUAGUUGCGGGAGGCCGGCCGGGCGCGGCGUUUUGCAAUGAAUCCGGCCCCCCAUCGCGAGGAAGGCAAGACGGUUGAGACUACCCCUCUACCGCAGCCCCGGCAGCGAGCUAUGUUUGGCGGCGUGUGAUAUUUAUGAGAUCUAGAAGGAACGGGCGGGCGCACGGCCCAGCGCCGAGGAGGCGCAAGGGAGGGCGAGGGGGGUAGAAGUUUCCGGAGGCAGGCGCCCCACGUCUUUUUAUGCCCGCACUACCCAGUUUAGCGCCACAGCCGUAAAACAGAAACAACACACCGCCCGGGCGGGCGCAUGCGGGGUGGGCGCAAGGCCAGCGGUAAUCUACAGUCCGGGCGCGGACCCGGUCCGAGCCCGGACAAAAAGGGCCGGCGGCAAGCGUUUGCAGAACUGUGUCGAGGGCCCGGGUGGGAGGCUAGUCUCAGAAGACAGAACGAGAAAAGCGCGCCAAAGAAAGGCCGCGACGCUCGAGGCACGGCAGGCGCCUGGCAAGAAGCACAGGAAGGAGGCCGGCGGAAAGGCAGGCGCCCGAGGCGCGCAGGGUGUUGCAUUCUAGAAAGAAAUAGAAGCCAGAAGCCCCAAAACCAAAGAAGGCAGGCGCAAGGUAGAAGGCCACGGCGCUGGGUUGCCGGCAAGGCAAGAGACGCGCGAAAGCGCCCGGGCAGGGCCUGCGAACGAGUGGCACACCGAGCGCCCCGGCAAUACCCAAGAGGGGAAGCAAAAGCAGGGCGCCUCCAGGGGGCGAGGGGGGCACGGCGGAAGCGCUUUCGCGGCCGCUCGAUCUAAUAAAGUGGCUCGCAAGAAUGAAAAUGGGAAGGAAUAGAAGUGCUUCGUAGUUCGGUAGUUCCGCCUUCGCAGUGCGACGAUGCAUGGUUCCCGAGGCAAUCGCUCAUACUUGUCCUGCGAAAUUUGAUGUCCUGCUAGGCCAAGGCCCAGGACUAGGCCUAAUAACAGCCCGUCGCGCCGUCCCUAUUUAGAAAGAAAGGUAGAUAUGCUACACGUAAUUAAAGGGAGAAGCCUCACCUUGACUACGCUUGUGCGUGGGACCUGUUUUUUCACCGGAUGCUGUCAGGUUUGGAUUUGCCCGAUGUGGUGGCGAAGGUUGUAAGCGCCGCGGUCGGAUUUUAUACGAGCAGCUUCAUGAGCUCCGACUUCGUGACUACGAAAGAGUGGGAGCGGCACUUUCAGGGUGGCCCCGAGCAGUCUUUCCACCUUGAUCGCGACACGUCCACACUCGAAGCGUCGCCUACACGACGGACGAUCUCGACCGCAACGGGUGCAACGACGCUGCUCAACACGACAUGUCCGGACCCGGGCAGACCGCUCCGUAUCAUGAGUGACCAUCACCCCACCUCAUAGUCAAUGCAAGGCUUGUUUAGCAUGCUCUGCGCGCACAAGUGCCACAUACAUAGAACGUGACUCUACGCAGAUUGGAAGCCUGCGCAGGGGCGCACGUGUGUGGCUGAUUGAUAUGGCACACAAAAAGAGAAUUCCCCGGAGCGCAAUGUCGCGCAGAGGUCAUGCCGCGCCGUCUUGCAGCAGAGGAGACGCUCGGUCUUCUUUUGAGCAUCGGGAAGGCAGACUUUUUCUCGCAACAUCACUCCUCCGGGGAGUAUCGUCAGACGGUCGGGGUCCGACUGCUAUCAAUACGAAAAGCGCCCCUAUCCCUGAGUGGGAAAAUGCUCCUUCUAGGCUUGGGAGUUUCGCUUAUGGAAACAUUUGCCGGCCUAAGAUAUAGACAGUUCACCAGUCACCCCGCGCCCUCGGCGAAGGCCGCCGGGGUGGGGGCUCCUGUUGGGAGGUGUUCCGGAGGGGAAGGUGGAGCCACUGUUUGCGGCCGGCCUGCUCGCAGAAUGUCCCUAGGCGACUCCCUUCCUUGUACAGUUUCGCGCUGUGUUUUACAACAGGCGACACAGGGGCACGCACCAGUUGGCGCGCGGCAGCGUGCCACGCUCUCCUAGGCCCGAACCAAGAGGCCUACUGUCGUAUAUCAUGUGAGUGCAAACAGAACCCGGUGAGGUUCUGUUCAUAUGUAGUGAGGUCGCCGAACGGUUCGAGCCGGGCAGUUUUCUUGACACUGAGACAGCAAAACAGCCGGCACUUUGUGGCGCUGUUUUGCGUUUUUUUACUUCAAAAGAAAAACAAGCGCGUCAGCCUGUUUGGUUUAUUUGUUGGCGCAGAAUUCCGGCGGGCCGCUAUCGUUCCCCGAUUGUUGCAAGGACGAUAGCGGGCCAGCAGAGACGGCGCCCUUCGGAGGCGCCCACCGCCCCGUGUUAUGGCGGUUCGGGCCGUCCAAGCAAAGGGGGCCCAACAAAACCGCGCACAAGAAAAGGAGAGUGCGGCCGCAUGGCACGGCCGCGAUUUCGGAACGUUGUCGGCGAUCGCGAAAGCGACAGCCCUUUCGCCAGUGUCCUUUGCUGGGAAGCCUCUGCAAAGGUGUGGCCGUGAAGAGCGGAAAUAUGAAAAAGAAAGAGCGCGCCAGAACCAUGACGCCAAACCCCUCCGAUGUUACGGGCCCGACUUCUUCCCGCUUCUGGGCCCCGCCCCGGGGCACCCGGACCGGCCCCAUACCAUCGGGGCUAGCCCCCGAGGGGAAAUUCUGUAAAUUUGCCAAAAUCAAAUCUGCGAAAGGCUUCAAGUGGCCGGCAUUCCGUGUGGUGCAACGCUACCCUCGGAGGCGCGGCGGGCCCGCGAAAAGCAGGAGCGCGGCUGACCCGCGGGCAGGGCGAAGGCAGGAAGGCAGCAAAAGGCCAAAGGCCGCACCACCCCCGUCCCGGUGCCUAUAUUUGGCAUUGUAUUUGCAGGGGGGCGCCCGCGCACCUGCUGUGCGCGCUCGGGCGCUGCUGGAUGUUGCGGCCACCAUAGGCCGUUGUGUUCUUCAAGGCCGGGCGUCGCACUCACAGCGCAGGGUUGUGAUAAAGCUGCGCGCGAUCCUUAAUUUCUGCAACAUGCCAUACGGAAAGAAAGUGCCCUCGAAGCGACGCGGCGGCCUGGCCAUCUGCGGACAGGUUUCUUUCCAAUUCGUUGCGUUCCUCGUUGCAGUCGGACCAGCAAGAAAGAAAAUGUCCUUGCGGCAACUUUGCUCUAGAAACGCCGCUCGUUUUUGCGGGCCGAGGUGCACUUUUCGACAUCGAUAACUACUGUUGGGGCGCUUUCGCUGGAACGAAUGUCCGAGCGAGCGGAGCCUGGAUCACGCGAGGUGUCUCGGGAAAGCACAGGAGACGCGCCGUCGGAGACUUUUCUGGCCAAGGCCUUCGGUGGGGUUUUCAGUUUUCGGGGAGGGGGGCGACAGGCUGCAAUAUCGCGCACACCUCCCAGACCCACGCCGCUUGUAGUUUUCGAUGGAGCCAACAAGCGCGAACGAGAUAUGGUGAAUAGAUGACGCACCUAUGAAGUCACAGAAUAGAAUUCCGGUACCAUCGGAAUUACGAUAGUUAUCGGAAAACCACUACGAUAAGACUCCCGAUUGCAAGAACUAGAGCAGCGCGAUCGGCUCGCUUUGCAGCGUUUCCGGCGAUUGGCGACGCUCUUGGCGUGUCGCGGAGUGCAUGCAAAUGAGACAUUAUUCGACGCGGCCGAGAAGCGCCAGUGCGUGUCUUCCACUUCCUGCAGUCAGCGGCCGCGAGAGGUCUGGACAUAGCUCGAGGGGGGACGUCUUGCGCCCAGGGCGGCGCGCUGUGUUGAUUCCCCCGAGCCGCCAGAUCGGCUUCUGGCAGCGCGCUCCUUUAGGCAGCGAAGUUUUUCUAGCUUCUUGGCGCGCUUAUCGCAGACCCCGCCCUGCGCAUGUUUUGCCGGCUUUGGGUUGAUCGCAUUGGGGACGGGGGGGCCGUGUAGCCCAAGCGGCGUCCUGGCCGGACCUGGGGCGUGUUGUUUUCCCGCAAGCGAGGCCAUGAAGCCUCACACGCCCGCGCCCUCUUCCGGGGGACAGGCAGCGCGCGCGCGAUCUUUAUCUCGGGCGCCGGCUGCCGUGUGGCAGCCUCUGGCGCCAGUCCCGGCCGCGAAAAUCUGCAAUGUCUGUCUGAUUAGAAAAUAAAGCGCACCGCCCCACGAAAGUUUUCAGCGCCGGCAACAUGUUGCAAGCGCUUCGCGGCUGGGUCGGCGUAAGUAGUUUUCCUUCUGUCAGGAAAGCCGGGGCGCCCUGCUGAUUCAUUGUGCCUAUUUGUAUUUCCAGCAGUGGCCCUCCGCCCCCCUUGCCUUCGUCUGCCCCCGCAAGGAAGCAGUGCAGCCCCCGCGCCACCCCACUUUUUUUCCGUCAUUUUCCGCCGGCAUUAGACUCUCGUCGGCGCCUCGGCACCACGGGGGCGCCUUCUCUUUCUGCUGCCCUGGAUGUGCCGCCGGCGCGCAGCGGCCCGGCCCCAAUUUCCCGAUUUUAUCGUCGAAACAGCUCGGGCGAAGGUGUUUCGACGUCGAAACAGCUUGCGACGAGCUGUUUCGACGAUAAAAUCGGAAAAUCAGGCCUGGUUGCCCGCCGUCCGCGCAGCUUUUUCUUUGCCUGGCCGAGUGUGAUUUUUGGCCAGCCCUGCUUCCUCAGUGAAUGGCGCCCCUUCGGGGGAAGAUGGCCGUCGCUUUAUCCAGCCUGCCCUGUGUGGCGCGCUGCGUUUGUGUUUCAGGUGCCAUUCUACCCGGUUUUUUUAUUUUUCUCGGAUUGUUGGGCGCAAAGGCCCUGGGCCUGGGGUAGCAACCCGGCCUGCGACGGAAGUAUUGGGGCGAAUGGCCAAUGGCCUCGCUCCGAGCGACCGACGCCCGGGCGGGCACUCGCGCCGCCGCCUUUUUUUGUUUUGCUAGCCCGCGGGGGCUUGCCGAGUAGUCCCACAGCCUGCCGGGCAGCCGUGGCCCUGCGCCCUUUCAAGGCCGUACACAAUGGGCGCCCCUGGGUAGCCGGGCCGCGGGGGAGAUUGAUCGCCCUCGUGGCGCAUUGCAUGCGCCCCGCGUAAGGCAUGGCACGGGCCCCACAUUGAUGUAGCGGCACUAGCGUUACGCACCCCUCCGCGCGCAGGGUUGUGGGGUGGUAGCGGGCCUGGCUCCGCCGCGAAGCAGUCAGCGCCCCUCAUGCCGCGCAAUGGCGCGUGGCCUCUUGUUGGUUCUCCGCCUUGCUCUUUUAAAUCGCUUGUUGGCCGGCUUUUUGCCUGCGCCCUUUUUUUUCUUGCCUGCGGCAUGGUAUUGCGUUUCAAAAUGCCGCAGCCGAUUUACUGCCAAGGGGGAGAGGUAGGUAAGCAAGAUGGCCGAAAUAAAAUCGCCAACGCCCCCGCGUUGGCGAGCGGUCGUGGUUGCAGUCAAGUGCCCCGUGGCUUAGUCGCGGGGCACUGCAUCGGCAGUAGAUACACGGUAGCGCAACAGUUUUUCGCUUGAAUUCCCGAUAGCUAUCGUAAUCGCGAUGGUACCGGAAUAAAUGAGUGUGACUUCAUAGACGCACCACACACAGAGAGCGGGCACUCCUGCCAAUAAUCCCACAGAGUGACCCCGGCAGUUUUAGAGAGAUCCAAAGAGAACGCGAAGGGGAAACAUGAGGAAGGAAAGCACCUGAAUGAUCUCGGUACAUAGUCCAGGGCCUGUGCGAGGAAGUCGCACGCUCAAGCUGGCCACAGCUCUAACUCUUCCCAGACUAGGGCACGCAGAGGCUGGCCUGAGUCAGGUGUCUCCCACAAGCAAGCCGACACGCUACUGCAAUAAUUGGCGUUCCAGGGCCUAAGUUGGGGGGUGAUCAAGGCGAUCCCUUAGGCUAUUCCUAAAGUGCGCCUGAGAAGACUCACUAUAAGAAUCAGCCUGUGGCCUCGCCUGAAGGAAGAGCGCGCGUCUGACAUUUUUUUUGCUGUUCUGACAGAAUCAACCUGAGGCCUUGGCUGUUCCCUGUGUGGUUCGUCUUACAUUUUUUUCGCAGCACACGAGAGGACGCAGUAGCAAACGCAGGCGACGAAAAGGAGGAGGAUGAUACCGAUGAGCAAGGUCUGCGAAAAACAAGCGCGCUGGACGAAGAGGUUGGCCUCGACCUGAAGCGUGUUCCCCUGCACGGCGGGACCCAAUCAACGCAAAAGCCUAGCGCCUCUCUUUCUGCGCAACUGCGGUGGUUUGUGGGUCGCUCGUCACCGCGAGAGGAAGCAAAGAAAGCCAGAACGAUACCUGCUCCGGGCGGUACAAAGUUUGUAGGGAGACCGACCACGGCGUGCAUUCGCCACCCUCUCGGUAGUAUGUAGUGAGGUCACCGAACGGUUCUAACCAGGGAGUUUUUUUGACGCCUCCCGUGAAAAACGGCCGGCAGUUUUCAAUCGGCCGGAAGCGUUUUUUGACAUAAAAGAUUUGCAUUUAUCAAUCGGCUUUGGCUGUGUCGGCACCGAAUCGCCGGCGGAUUCUAUCGGUCGCCGAUCUAAAAAACGACGCAGAGGAGCCGGCAAAAGGGGCGCCCUUCUGAGGCGCCCAACGCACCUAAUUCCGCCGAUUCGGGGCGCCCAAAAAGAAGCGCCGAAAAAAAGCCAAGACUGACGACAAAAGCUGCGAAUCCGCAUGCUAUGGCCACCAUUUUUGGCCACUUUUGGAGGUCGCAAAGACGGCCACCAAAAUCGGGCAUUUGUAAUGCGGGGAGCAAUCCAAAAAGUUCGACUUUUUAACAAAAAAAAAAACAAAAAGCGGAAAGCCCGCCAAAGGCUAAGAGCUAACCCGCAUGCUAUGGGCCCGAUUUGGGGCGCCCGGGGGGCCGGGCUUGGUGGGGGCCCUGGGGUGGCUAUAGCAUGCGGGAAAGCGUUUCGAUUCAGUGGGCGCGGCUUUUCAACAUAAACAACCAAAAGACGCAAAUCCCGCCAAAAGCAGCAAGCCAGCCCGCAUGUUAUGGGCCCAAUUUGGGGGGCCCACAGGGACAGGGUCGACCCUGGCGGAAGGCCUUGUGGGGCCAUAGCGUGUGGGAAAGCGUUUCUCCUCUGAAAAGAGCAAAAAGCCCCGGCGUCGUCCAUUCAAAAAAACCCCGAGUGACCUCACUACCCCCGCCGCGGCGGCUAUAUUUGGUACUGCGCGGGUCGUUUUCAGUAGCAUUUUGGAGCACACGCCCAACAUAACAGAGGCGGAGAAGAAGAAAGCCGUUGAGGUGGGAAGCAAAUUUUUGCAGAAGCGCAUCCGUGAGGUGGAGGAUGUGAAGACUCUAGUGGCGCGGAAGCAGGCAGACGCAAACGAGCGCAACCAGCGGACCCGUGGCAUGCUAGACGCGAACUUUGACCUGUCGACAUUCUUCUGGAUGCGGGUACAAACUUUCUAUCGCCGCCACUUGGAGCAGCGGGUGUAUGAAGCGCUACAGGUUUUCGGUGGGUUUGGAGUUUUGUUCGCAGCCAAGGGCAUCCUAGAGGAACGGGCGAGGCAGAGUCCAGCCGUUCUGUGGUGUCGCGCAAAGCUCGCGGAUGCUGCGAGUACUAUUCUGAAUCCUUCCACUCUCUACGUGUCUCUGGGCAUCUCUAGUGGUUAUCUGCUGUACCGGGCGCGCGCCGCAUUGCAGUUUCGCAACCGGCUGUCGCAGGAUCCUGUCGCCUGACAAUGUCUUUUUGGUAGAUUCGUGCGGUGCACAGUGCGCAAAAUUCUUUAAAUAACUGAUCGUGUCCCACAGCCACGACAGUACCCAUCGCAAUUUCGCUUGCUGCUACUUCAAAUGAAAAUGAUUUCCACGAAUAUCAGCAUAAGCCGCAGCGUUGACUUUUCUCGAGUUCCAAGUACUUAU